AUGGCCUCUUACCAUGGCCGUGACAUGUCGCUAGCGGCCUCUGUCACUUCUCCCAUCAUUGAGCAAGCGCAGACCAGACUGAGCCAGUCUGAGCGCAACUACUCCAGAACCCAGCAAGAUCUGCAGGAUGCCAUGCGCAUUCGAGCAACAACACCAAUGUCGGCAGUUGAGAGCAACACCAAAGACACCGAGAUCGCGUCAUUGCGGCGCAAGCUGCUUGACCAGGAGGCGGAGAUGAACGUCUUGAGGGAGGAAAUCGAGAAACAGCGGAAGACCAUCAAGACCCAGAGCGAGGCCAUCGCCCACCCCAAGCAACACUACGCCACACCAACGCCCAACCGUUUCGGGGGCAACCAGCAGUAUGGCGCAAACCCGAACAUUCAGCCACCUCCACCUCCACCAGCACCGAUCUUCGCCGCGGGAAAUGCUAUCACAUACACACAGCCUCGUCCUGCGAUGACUGGACCUCUCCAACAGCAACCCGGAAGCACUCCUUCACCCUUCGAUGACUCCAUGACCCAGCAGUUCUCCGCUCUCUCAGUCAAUCCCCCUCGCGGUCCACAGAUGCACCACCCACAACCGGGUCCGUUCCGACAACCUGGUCACGUCAACGAGUUCGGUUCUCCGGAGCCAGGGAGACCAUACAAUACCAGUAUGGUCACCCAGUCAACUCCCAUGGGGCCUGCGAAAGGCAGCAAUAGAGCUCCAGCCCCAGGUUCAGCAGCCAGGAUGCAUGCUCAAGGCAUGCACAGCACGGUCCUACCGCCUCCACAGAUGCCCACAAUUCCCAACCCUGUCCCCAUGGUCACCGGCGUGCAUCUCGUGGUCCCAGAAGCUGUCUCUCGUAUGUUCGCCCACGUGCUUCACAUGGCAGAGAUGUAUGCAUACUCCCAUGUCAACACACCAAGCACACAAAAGGACAAUGGAAUGCCACAAGAGGUCAAGGACCGACUGAUGAGGGCUGCAUCCACCACUUCGGCAUUCCAGUUCAUGCAGACACCCUACACGCGCUAUAUGCUCGUCUACAAGAUCAUCCUCCAGUUCAUGAUCAAGACCAUUCUCAAGCAUGACUGCUUCACCGGAUUCGACCCAGAGGCUGACCGUGUCAUCGAACACUGCAAGAAUCAAAUGUACCAGACAACCCCGGCCCAGGUCAAGUACCAGCUGCUCACCACCAUGGCAGUUCAGAUCCAGAAGAUCAAGAUGAAUCCCAACUUCCAGAAUUUCGUCAACAACAUCGCCCGCACGCGCGGCAACGAGAUCUGGAGAGUCCUCAAGCCGAUGAUGCACACCAAGACAUCACGGGACUGGGACGACUUGUACGAACUGAUGAUCAACGCCCACCAGCUUGCCCAGAUGAUGUUCUCUGGUUCGGAAGAGUACAAAUUUGACUUUCCAACAAUGGGACAGCUGUUCCAAAAAGACUGGAUGGAGCCACGGGACCCAUUCAAGAACGUGCACACUCCGGAGCAAAUGGAGGCGAUGGGAGCGACAAUCAGGCUUGGGAUUACGCCACUCAUCAGUGUGCGGACCAGCACUCCAGAAGGACUGGUAAAGUCGUGCAUCAUUCUGAAAGCAUUUGUUUUGAUCAAAGCAGACAAAGGAAAUUGA